CUGACCCAGGCCUCCGUUAUUCAAUCGAAAGGUUCGUUCAUGGCUUUCUUGGCCAGAGGGGAAGCACUGAGCUUCAGAAGCUCACAUGCUUGCCGGUCUGCCCCAGCUCGAUUUGCGUCAGAAUCCAACUUAUCCGAUAACCUGAAAAAGGCAUUAGUAUUUUGUAGGUGACCUAAUCAUUUGAGUCUUCAAUUCUCUGCAAAAGUCUUAACCAUAAUAAAGCUGUUGUCCUGGAGUCCUCGUGUGUGUACUAGCAACUGCCAUGUGCGGAAGAGUAAUCUUCUCCAGAGUGGGCACUGAAAGUAUUGAAGUGGUCUGUUCACAAGCACGAGCAAAAUCUAUUGUGGACAUAAAUGCAUGAUCAUGUAGAAUCUUUUGGGAUAGUUGAGUUCGGCACCUGUGCUCUCAGGUUACCACUUUUGACGUAUAUUGAAACUUGACACUUAUUUGCCUGUUCAGGUCUCUUCAUUACUCAGAAAUUUUAAGCAGUUACAGUACUUAUUAUGCUUUUCAUACAUUUUUUCCAUAAGGAUGCUUUUCAUACAUGUUUGCAUAGACAGGUUGUUCAACAUUUAUUUUAAGUUUUAACCAAUAAAAAGAAUCCACUGACAAUGCACUUGCUGUUUUAUUCCUUUUCUUAUAUACUCGUUCCAGAGAGUUGCCAGGAAACUUAUGUUUGGGAAUGCACAUGAGAAGAAUCAUCAUAAAGCAGAGCAAACGAAAAAGAGGAUAAGAAAAUUCAAGGAAUCGGCUUGGAAGUGCAUUUAUUUCCUAUCUGGAGAGGUUUUGUCUUUGUUGGUCACGUAUAAUGAGCCUUGGUUCACAAACACCAAGUAUUUUUGGGUGGGACCUGGCGAACAGGUUUGGCCGGAUCAAAAGACAAAAUUGAAACUUAAGGCUGUCUAUAUGUAUGCUGCUGGAUUCUACACAUAUUCAAUAUUCGCACUUAUGUUCUGGGAAACAAGGCGUGCAGAUUUUGGUGUCUCAAUGUCGCAUCAUGUUGCAACUGUUGUGCUGAUAAUUUUAUCCUAUGUAUUCAGGUUUGCUAGAGUUGGUGCAGUUGUACUGGCAAUUCAUGAUGCAAGCGAUGUGUUUUUAGAAAUUGGGAAGAUGUCCAAGUAUAGCAAUUGUGAUUGGCUUGCAAAUGUUGCAUUUCUUCUUUUUGUUGUUUCAUGGGUUCUUCUCCGCCUCACAUAUUUUCCGUUCUGGAUUCUCAGAAGUACAAGCUAUGAAGUUCUGUUGACUCUGGAUAAGAAGAAGCACAAUUUUGACGGGCCAAUAUAUUACUAUGUAUUCAAUUCCCUUUUGUUUUCACUACUUGUUCUUCACAUAUAUUGGUGGGUUCUAAUAUAUCGGAUGCUCGUGAGACAAAUUAAGACAAGAAAUGUUGGAGAUGAUGUUCGAUCUGACUCUGAAGAGGAAGACGAGCAUGAAGAUUGACUGCUGUUGUGAUGAUAUAAAGGAACAUCAACACAUAUGUUACAGCUUAAUUUAUGUAUUCUUUUUCUGCAUUGUGGGAAUAUAAGAAUAUGUGAAGAUUGCUCUAGGAUCAUGUAUACACGACAUCAUGCAGUUCACCCCUUAGCUGUUAAUUACAGUCAUUUUUUGGGAAAAGAGGCAAUAUUUUUUGGCUGCUCACUCUGUAGAAAGACUAUAUAGUCAUUUAUGUACCAGCAAGGAAAGUGUACCAGAUAUUGAAGUGUUAGUUCCAACCUAGAAAGACUGAUUAUAUUCAAUUAUGCAAGUUUAAUUGAAGUUUCAGUUCCAA